GAGGGGCAGCACAAGCUAAGCUAGGGUACCGUGGGGAAAGAGCUGAUGUGAUAUGUGUUGCGUUUAGUUAUAUUACGACGCCCUGCAAAAAAACCUGCCAUGUUAAUUUCAUCUGGCUGAAGCGUAGUCCAAGCUAACUUACCUAACUGACAAACUGACAGCUAAAACAACUGCUUCUCCGUGACGCCUUUCCAGCUCACCUGACUUUUUGUACUGUGGUGUAAAUAUAUCUCUACAGUUAUGACUGAGAGGCAUUUGCAUACAUUCAUUACAAAAUACAGAGCAGAAGAUGGUGAAAAACUGACUCUGCGGAUGAAAAAUGGUCUUGGCAGCUCAAAGUAUAAGCCAACUGAAUAUAGAAGUCUUCAAGCCAUUAUUGAUGCCAAACGCCUGGAGUCUGAUCUAGUUGCACAAAAGGUUCAAAAGGCUCGCUUUGCAGCCAAGGCAACCAAGGAGAGCUCCGUAUUACGGCAGCACAGACAGGUGUGGAGCAGAGAGUGCCCCAGGCUGCAAAAGGCUGAGGACAAGGCUGAGAAAGACAUCUGUGAUUUUCUAGAACAGAUCCAGCCAAAUGGUAUAACAGACACUGCCAUCUUCUCACUUCAAGAUUAUGGGCUGGUCCUCGAGAGGGAGCGGGAGGCAUUCAGGGUAGCCACUGUGGAGCCUGUUCAUCAGCUCAAGGAUGACCUGUGCUUCAGACUGGGUGAAUUACAGCAUCAGCAGCUCACUGCCCACCAAUCAAACUGGGAACAAGUGGUACAACAGAUAAACUUUGUUAAAGAUCAGCAAGAUGAUAUAAAUUCAAAACUUCAUGCAGAGUACGUGGCCCUGGAGGAAGAGAUCGUAGGCCUUGGCUUGGAGAAAUAUCUUCCCAGUACCUCAGAUAGUCUGCUGAACACAGAAAACAUUCCAGAGGAGGUUUUGGAUUCAGACUGCCCUUACCCUGAGCUGAAGGACUCCCUGAUCCAGGCCUUCCACUCCCUGUCAGAAACGUACCACAGGAGGUUUCAGAGUCUCCAAGAGCAACUGCAAAGAACUGACAGGUUCUGUGGCUGGUGCGUAGCUGACCACCAACGCUUCCAGUUCACUUUGUCUCAAUACACUCAUGAAAUACCCAACCACAGGGCACUCUGCAUGGACAUGCUUCAGAGACUCUUCCCUGAGAAGACUAGACAAGAGCUGAUGGAGCAUGAACGUGUGUGGGACUGGCAGCGCUUCACACAGGCACAGCUGAGAGUGAUGACCCAGCAGUGGCAGCGAGAUCAGGAAGAGCUGCUGGCCAGAGCCCUGGUCACCCUGCAGGAGGCGAGACAUGCCCACCAGGAGGAGCUGGAGCUCCACAGAUACCGCCAGCACCAGCAGGACAUCUGCUCGCAUCUCAGGGAGAAGCUGCGGCAGUGGCGGACCCAGCAGGAGGAGGUGGCAAAGCUGGAGGCAGUUAUAGCCGCCAGACAACAAGAGGAGGAAGAGGCGAGGUUAAGGAGGGAGCAAGAGAAGGAGUCAGCCAUCAGAUCACAGCAGAAAGAAAAAGUCAGGCAGUUUUAUUUAAAGCAGAAGAAGAGGAUGGAGGUGCUGGAACAGAGGGAUCAAGAGAGACUUGCUAAUCUGAGGAGAGUUAUGGGAGAACAGGCGAGGCGAGAUAAAGAGAGGGUGCAGUUUCGGGCAGAUGUGUUGCAGCAGCGAAGACAGGAGAGGGAGACGCAGGAGCUCGAGCGGCAGAGAGAUGAAGAAGAGAAACAGAAUCGUCUGGAAGCUCUGAGAAACCAGAUUGGAGUGGUGGCAGAAGCAGACCCGGAGAGGAUGAUGGCAGACACGGAGGCCUGGAAGAAUCGCCACUUAAAUAUAAAGGAGUCUGAGCUCCAAAGGCCCCUCUACAGUAUUAACACGUACACGGACACACAGAUUGUGGCUGAUCCGAGAGUGCGGGUUGAGCAGGCCCUGCGGGAGGCUGGUCUGCAACAUAGUCAUUAUGCCAAAGAGGUUCUGUCUGUUAUCAGGCCACCAAAACCACCUAGACGAGAUACCAAAUCCAUAAUCAAAUUCUGACCAGGUGCUUGUUUGGGGUCGCACUGACCCUUGUUCUUGUGAGCUUGUGAGCUUCAUA